UCCUAAAUGGAAAGAUGUAAGUACCGAAAUGGAAUAUUAUAUUUUUUCUGUAAAGCAAAUGAGGAACGAUGUUUUUCACAAGAAACUUGAAAGUACUGAAGAAGAUCUCUUGAAGAAGACAGAGAGGCUUCGGAAGGUGUUAAGUGAGUGUCUUAAGUCAUCUGGAGAACGGUUUAUGCAAGACCAGGACGUGGUCGACCGAGAGAUCAAGCGAGUGAAUGAUAACCUGGAUCACAUUACGCAAAACAUUCUUGGAGAGGAAGAUAUUAUGAGUUAUUGUAGGGAUGAUAUAAAACAAUAUAUAAUAAAGGACAGCUGUGAUAGACUGAAGAACAUCUUCCAAAGCAUAAGUAAUGUUAAUCCAUUGUCUUUCAUCACAAGUGACUUACAACUUAAAAUAGACAAAAUCUUUGUGGAUAUCGAGGUCAAACAUGGUAAACGUACAGAUGAAGGUAAACAUAUAGAUCAUCAAGAUCUUCUUCAACUUAUCCAGCCUACAGCAUCAUCCUCAUUUGCAAAAUAUGUCUCAGAGCUACAGAUUCAGACUACAGCAUCACCAUCGCCGACAGUUCCUAAAUGUGGUAUCACUACAAGACCUCAAAUACUUUUGCUUGAAGGAUUAGCAGGUAGUGGAAAGACCACUUUAAUGCAGUUGGUAAUAGAUGAAUGGAUAAAUGGUGACCGAGGCAAUAUCAAUGGCUUAAAUGACUACGAACUUUUGCUGUGGGUACAGUGUAGGGACCCAACGAUGAACUCCUAUCAGGACCUGCUGGACCGGCUGAUGCCAGACGUAUCUUUAAAAUUCAGGAACAUUCUUCCGAGAAUGAUGAAGCUUUGUAGGAUCCUAAUUAUCAUUGACGGACUUGAUGAAGACAAUAAAAACUCCAAAGAUCUUGUCAUCAGUCUCUUGCAUGAAUUUAAUUGUUCUUCUAAUAUUGCUUUUCUCUGCACUUCACGACCAGAAAAAGUUGAAAAUUUCAGGAAAGUAAUUCCUCACCAGUAUGCUGUGAUACAUGCUUCACUACAUGGUAUAUCUAAACAAAAUUUACCAUUGUUUGUGCGUCUAAAUCACCAGGAGAUAACCAAACAAACAAGGAAUAACAGGGAUACUGAAGAACUAGUAAGGAAUGUGACAAAGUUAAAAGGUCUUUAUGAGCACUUAAAGCUUCCAUUAAAUUUGAUUUUUAUGAUAUACAUCUGGGACAAUGAUCCUGACAAGCUGAGCAUAAUGUCAGUCACUCACACGGAACUCGUUCAUAUUAUUCACCAACUGUGUACAAAGAAAUUAAUGGAGAGACUGAUAGUACAUGAAGAUACAAAGAAUUUGGACGACUCGGACUUAGAAAAUAAAGUUGAAGAAAUUUUGAGAGAAAUAUACAAAACAUCUCUCGAAAGUCUUUCACGUGACCAAUUAAGCCUUGAGGAAAAAACUGUCAAUUAUUUGAAAUCCUCAUGUAAGUCUCUGGGUUUGCCUCAUAAAGAGAUAUUGUCUGCAUUCCUUUGUUUAAAACCAACAUGGACGCUGACAGGAAUCAAGGAGCAGUAUUCAGCUCCUCACAAAGGAAUCCAAGAUUACUUUGCUGCUCGGUAUAUUGUGGUGAAUCUUAAUAAUGACCUACAACAUUCUACAUCUACGCCAGUUUCAUUAGCACCUGUUAGUAUCAGAGAGGUGUUAAAACAGACCCUCAGAGCAGUCACCUUAGAAAUUACAAAGUAUCAGAAUGUUUUGGUUCAUGUUGCUGGGCUGGUACACCUUUUAUUAGAUCAAGUGCCCAAGGACAUCGCACAGCAAAUUGUUGAACUCCUGCAUGAGUCUGGGAUGAAGAACAACAGCCAUUGGUUCGAUCUCCUCGAGAACACAAAGAUUUCCCCAGAAAUCGUUCAAGAAAUAGCUAACUUUAUCAGUCCUGUAGAAACUAUUUACAUAAGUGAUAGUAAUGUGAGAAGCUACGCAGCUCUCUUACCAUACCUCACGUCAUCUAAAGUUGUUAUUAAUAUCUUCAGUGAUACUGCAGACUUACCUUGCCUGCCUAACCUGCUAGCUGGCCUCGACAACCAUCAUUGCACAGAACUGACACUUGACCACCCUUACCAUCAUUCGGAGACAACCACCCCUUCAGACGAUGUCCUGCAACGUAUACAAAAUAAGAGUUACCUAAAAGAAUUCAUGGGUUAUCUGAGUGGUGAUGGUUUGGCUAUGCUACCCCCUAGUGUGGAAAAGCUAGACCUGGCUAUAGGGAACGAUGCCCACGCUCUCCACUUCCUGCCACGACUCUCCGAUGCUGUAACCUCUGCGUUACCUGAGCUUGGCUUCCUCUGUGUGAGAGUGCCAGCUGGUAUAUCUUCAGAAAUAUUGGUGCCACUGCCCAAGACACAGAUGGCUGUACUUCACCUCAGUGAUGUGUGUGACGCUGGGGUGAAUAAUGCAUGUGAAAUGGUCCAGCUACUACAACCUGCAGGAGGGUGAGUACCUUUACUGUGG